UCUGCUUUGCACCAAACGCCCCCCCAAAAAAAAAAGGAACAAGUAAUAAAUUACAGCCAUGUAGCACAUAAUCCCAAUAAUCCCCACAAAUCACCUACCUAGGAAUAUUAUUGAUAACUGAGUCCCAAGUUGAUCCAGAAACAAACUCGAAUCUGAGCCUAGUACAUGUUGUGUGAUGGCAAAAAAAUUAUUUCUUUCUCUCUUGGCCCUGAUUUUUCUUCCAAGCUUACUUCUUUCUCAGUCUGUUGAGUUCUUGCAUGCUGGUUUUAAGGACGCGGGCACCACUGUAACUCUCAAUGGUGCUGCUGAGAUUGACGAUAGUGGUAUAGUCAAGCUCACAAAUGACACACAAAAAUUACUUGGCCAUGCCUUCCAAUCAAAUGCUAUUUUGUUCAAGAACUCUACAACUGGUAAAGUUUUCUCCUUUUCAACCGCUUUUGCGUUUUCAAUUGUUCCCCAGUUUAAUUCUGUAAAUCUUGGUGGCCAUGGAAUGGCCUUUGCCAUCUCGCCGACCAAAGAGCUCAAAGGGGCUCUUUCCCGUCAGUAUUUGGGCUUGGUGAAUUCAAAUGAUAAUGGCAACUCUUCCAAUCAUUUCCUUGCUGUUGAGUUCGAUACAGUUCAAGAUUUUGAAUUUAAAGACUUAAAUGAUAAUCAUGUUGGCAUAGAUAUCAAUAGUGUGAUCUCAAGUGCCUCAAUACCAGCUGGCUAUUUCGCUGAUGGCAAUUCAACAAUAUUAGACCUGAAUCUCAAGUCUGGGAGUAUAAUUCAAGCCUGGAUUGAUUAUGAUUCCAGCAAAAAUCAGCUCAAUGUUACUCUUUCACUUUCCUCAUCCAAACCCAACAGCUCCAUUCUCUCGCUUGAUGUGGAUUUAUCCCCAAUUUUUGAGGAUUACAUGUAUGUAGGCUUUUCUGCUUCAACUGGUUUGCUUGCUGCCUCUCACUAUGUCUUUGGUUGGAGUUUCAAGAUCAAUGGGCAAGCUCAGUCCUUAGAUCUACCUUCGCUUCCUAAACUUCCUUUACCCCAAAAGAGCCAUGUGAAAUUGAUUUUAGGGACAUCUAUAUCAGCUGUUGCAUUCAUGGGAUUUGCGGUUCUGUUGUCUCUGUACAUAGUCAGGAGGAUCAAAAAUAUGGAUGUGAUUGAGGACUGGGAACAUUCGGUAGGCCCACACCGAUUCCCCUAUAAAGAGCUCAAACAAGCAACCAGAGGUUUCAGAGACAAAGAGCUAUUGGGGUUUGGCGGAUUUGGCCGGGUUUAUAAAGGAACUUUGCCUAACUCCAAUACCCAAGUUGCAGUUAAGAGAAUAAACCAUGAAUCGAAGCAGGGUUUGCGUGAAUUCGUAUCAGAGAUUGCCAGCAUUGGCCGACUUAGGCACAGAAACUUGGUUCAGUUACUGGGGUGGUGUCGGAGGAGAGGUGAUUUGUUACUUGUAUAUGACUUCAUGCCCAAUGGGAGCUUGGAUAAGUACCUCUUUGAUGAACCUGAGAUGAUUUUAACAUGGGAACAGAGGUUCAAGAUCAUCAAAGGUGUCGCUUCUGGGCUACUCUAUCUACAUGAAGGAUGGGAACAAACUGUGAUUCAUAGAGACAUCAAGGCAGGAAAUGUUUUGUUGGACUCUGAGAUGAACGGCAGGCUUGGGGACUUUGGACUUGCUAAGUUGUAUGAGCAUGGUUCAAAUCCAAGCACAACAAGAGUUGUGGGAACAUUGGGUUAUUUAGCCCCUGAGCUUACGAAGACUGGUAAGCCUACCACAAGCUCUGAUGUGUUUGCCUUUGGUGCAUUCUUAUUGGAAGUUGUAUGCGGAAGAAGGCCAAUAGAGCCAAAAGCAUUGCCUGAGGAGUUGGUUUUGGUGGAUUGGGUAUGGGAUAGGUGGAAGAAAGGUGCGAUACUCGAGGCAGUCGACCCCAGGUUAGGAGGUCUUUAUGAUGAGGUAGAGGCAGUGGUGGUGCUUAAACUUGGAUUAAUGUGUUCCAGUAAUUCCUCAGAAAGGAGGCCUAGCAUGAGGCAAGUGGUGAGAUACAUGGAAGGUGAGGUGGUACUGCCGGAUUUUGCUGCGGCACCUAAUGAGUAUAAUGCGAAGAAAGGUGGUGGUCAUGGUGGCGAGUUUGAGGACUUUGUGCAUUCGUAUCCAACAUCCUCAUUUGACAAGGCCAACGGUACCAUUUGUCUAAGCCUUCAGCAGAAUGGAGUACGGAUGUCUAAUGUGGACUGUCAUCUUCAUACAGUGGAUGGUGGUGUCAUGAAAACCAAGCGAUCAAUUACUGAAUCAGCUUUUCGUCAAGAUAUUUGAUUCGAGUGACGGACGUAUUACA